UAUUUGACUCUUCAUAUCUUAGAUAGAAGAAGAGGAAGAAAAUAAAUGAUGAAGAGGAAAAGUAAAGUGUUGAUCAUCUUUUUCACUCUAGUUUUGCUUCUAAGCGUGGCUUUGAGUGUUAUUUCAAGAGAAGAUGGUUUUGCCCCUCUCAAACAAUCUCCCUCCUCCAGGACCUCCUCCAUGCAUGAGAGUAGGAAAGGCGAUGGAGAUGGAGUAGAGUGCAAGAACUCAGACAGUGAAGAAGAAUGUCUUGUUAAGAAAACUGUAGCUGCUCACACCGAUUACAUCUAUACGCAAGACAUGAACAUAUCUCCUUGAAACAGGAACAUUUGCUCUUUGUUUUUCAUUUACUACAAGCUAUAAGCAAAGUCUUCUUGGCCAUGUGCUAUCAUGUUCUUUUAAAAAAAAAAAUCUAAUCGUCGUCUGAUUUCUGUCAAUGUCAACGUAUAUUUAUCCUUCAA